GACGUUUCGACUCCGGUGUGAAUGAGGCUAAGCAGGAAGUGUGUGUUUGGUGUGUUUGAGUCAUGAACUUAGUCCCGCUUCUUGUCCUGGCUUUCUGCCUUUACCGGACCGAUGGAGACCAAAACAGAACAGACCGGUACUUUAACAGGAGCUCUCCGGUUCUCCUGGACCUGGAUCUGGACCUGUCGGCUGUGUUUCGCCGGGUCGACCCGCGCUUUCUGUCCGUCACCAUCGACGCGAGCCUGGCCGCAGAGGAGCGCUUCAUGCUGCUGCUGAGAUCUCAAAAGAUCCAGGUUCUGACCAAAGCUCUGAGUCCAGCUUUUCUAAGGUUUGGAGGGACAAGACAAGACUUCAUGGUGUUCACCCCUCAGAAGAGCCAGCUGGAUGCAGGCCUCGCCGAUGAGUCCUACGACAGCUCGCUGCUGCCCUGGUGGGUGGAGAAGCAGCUGAAGGAGGACUGGACUCAGCAGCAGCUCAUUCUGAGGGGAGAGGAGCUGCAGAGGAAGUACCACAGGGUCCAGUUCUCAGAACUCACUGUGGACCUGCUGCACUCCCUCACAAACUGCUCUGGCUUGGAUCUGAUCUUCGGCCUCAAUGCUCUGCUUAGGACGGCUGACAACAGCUGGAACAGCAGCAACGCUCGCACGCUGCUGCAGUACUGCGAGUCCAAACAGUACCACAUGUCCUGGGAGCUGGGAAAUGAGCCAAACAGCUUUGAGAAGAAGGCCGGGGUUCGUGUGGAUGGAUAUCAGCUCGGGCUGGACUUCACGCACCUCAGAAAGAUAAUGUCAGAGUCCAAACUGUACCGGGACGCCGGGCUGUACGGGCCGGACGUGGGCCAGCCGAGGGACCACAAGACAGACUUACUAGAGGGCUUCCUGGAGAGCGGAGCCGAGGCCGUCGACGCCCUCACCUGGCACCAUUAUUAUGUGAAUGGAAGAGACACGUCUUUGGAGGACUUUCUGGAUCCUGAAGUUCUAGAUACUCUGGCCUUAAAGACCAAUGAAGUUCUGGAGACUGUGAAGCGGGUGUCUCCUGGGAAGUCGGUGUGGCUCGGAGAGACGAGCUCAGCGUACGGAGGAGGAGCGCUGGGACUGUCGGACACGUUCGUCGCAGGAUUCAUGUGGCUGGAUAAACUAGGUCUGGGAGCCAGACUGGGCCUGGACGUCCUGAUGAGGCAGGUGUUGGUUGGUUUUGGGAGUUACCACCUUAUCGACAAGGACCUGAAUCCUCUUCCUGAUUAUUGGCUGUCUGUUCUCUACAAGAGACUCGUUGGACCAGAGGUUUUGAAAGUUCAAGCAACGCAAGCAAGUUUUGGCCGAAGUAAAAGAGUGAGAUUAUAUCUGCACUGCGCCAACAAAAAGAGUUACAGGAGCGGAGCCGUCGUGCUGAUGUCAAUGAACCUGAGUAAGAAGCCAGCGAGGAUCUCGGUUCCGGCCCUCAUCUCCAACAGCACAGUGGACGCUUUUGUCCUUCAGUCUGACCGCCAGGGGGAGGAGGGACUCUACUCCAGGUCUGUAAAGCUGAAUGGAGAGGUGCUGAAGAUGGUGGAUGAUAAAACUCUGCCCUCCCUCAGCGGCGUGCAUCAGCCUCCAGCUGAACACCUGCAGCUUCCCGGGUAUUCCCUGGCCUUCUUCGUCUUCGCGGACGCCAAAGCACCAGCCUGCAACUGAUGCCAGCAAAUAAUCCAGCCAAAUGAAACUCACUAGACUCUAAUAUGACGGACCGAAGGCUCCUGAAUGGUUUUUCUGAUGUAAACUAUUCUGCGGUGACUUACUUAAAGGAAAAGUUCUGUUUAAUGAUUCCACUCGGCUCAGGUUUGAACGUUGAUGUUUUUAUUUGAAUAGUUACAGUAAAUAGACGGUAGUUUGCAGCCUUGUUGCUGUGAGUUGAUACUGCCUAGAGUAAAAGUCAAUAAUUAUAAAUAUGUAUUUUAAUUAUAGUCCUAUGAUGGACUGGUGACCUGUCCAGGGUGUACCAGCCUGUUAAUUGCGGGGAUAGGCUCCAGCUUCCCUGCGACCCUGAAUGGGACGAAGCGGUACAGAAAAUGAAUGGAUGAAUUAAUAAAAGGACCAACUAACACUACAGAAAUAGUGACGCUCCAAAUGACGGCAGCAACCAAGUUUAUACACGUCGAAUAAGUGAAAUGUUGUGUUGUAGGCACAUGUUGCUUUAUAAGGGGCAAAACACUUUUCCUACUUUAAAUCCCCUGUGGGAGGCAUGACUCUGAUAAUGUUUGGCAGCUUGUCUCUAGGUUUUCUUUUUUCUGAGGAUGGCGAUGGACAUGCAUCACUUGGCACUUCAGCUGGCAUCCUGUCAAAGGAAAGUUCUCUUCCUACAGAUGACUGGUACUAAAGGAAAACAUGACACUGGCUUGUGCAUAUGGGACAGGAUGUAGUCUCUCUAUUUUAUUCAUGAAGGUAUUAGUGUUUGUUAAAGUUUUGACAAAUUAAAAUGCUGUAAAUAAAGAUUCAGCAGCAUGUGCAAUAAAAUG